ACUUACUUCACAACCCUAUUGCAUCCAUAUAAACACGUCUGAUGGAGUCGAUAGACACUUUUCUGGCCUCUUUUCCUACAUUUUGAACUCUCGAUAUCACCAUGAAAUUCAACGUUCGCGCGCUGGGUCGCGCCGUCCUUUUCCACUCGUUUACAUCGACACUCCUUCAAGUUUUUGCCCAAACUCCGGUUAAUGGCCAGACACACAGUCGAGGAUUGGCAAUCAUAAAUGCCCCAGCUCCAAACUCCGAACAUAACGCUCCGGGUACUUUACCUAUUUCAAUAGAGGUUUCUGGAAACGGCAGGAUACCAUUCGACGGCCUGCUGCCAGAAUCUGGGCUUCCGACUUCAUAUGAGGAGUUGAACAUAUUCCUUGUAUCGUCCCAAACCGACACCAAUCUCACGGUGUCCAUUGGUCCCCAGCUUCUGACAGACGAAACGGGCACUGUUCGUCACUUGAAUUGGCAGAUACCCUCUUGCAUUAGACCCGGCCGGUAUAAUGGGUGAACAGAUGACGUUUUACGAAAAGUCCAAUUUCGACGGUGAUUUUGUCUAUGCCAUAACUCCCAUUCCGAUUUCAAUCCGAAACCCAUCCCCUGGAGAGGACUGCCCCGGCAUUCAGAACGCACUUGAGGACCAACCCCAAGCAGAUCUGGCACUCCCAGAACCCCCAUUCAUCCCAGCAGAUAUCGCUCCAACCAUCUAUACUUUCACUAUGAGCGAGGGUCAACCAGUUCCUACCCGUACCGGCGAUCCGUCUGAAAUGACGACCAUCACGGCAGUUGUUGAGCAGCCGACAGUGUUCUCGGAGAAUGGCAAUAUGAAAACGUCCACCACGACUUUCACCACGACCAUGGCCAUGAGAACACAAGACCUCUCCAGCUUCUUUCCAGUAAAUGCCGCAGAGAGCGAUGGAUCAAGUGGUUCCGCUCCGUUUGACGUCAAGAACACGUUGAUCAUUGCGACUCUAACAGUUGCUAGCUUCUUCUUUUAG